AUGACAUUCGAUCUUUCAACGUUGAAUCUCCAUUCAUGGCCGUUCUAUCUGCUCUGCGCGGCCGUCUGGGCGGUGGUCAUUGAUUAUGCACGGAUGCUAUACAUCAGGAAGAAGAUGCCGCCAGGACCCUUUCCGUGGCCCAUUGUCGGAAACACCUUCAGUCUGCCGGACGUCAAGCCGUGGUAUCUGAUGGAGCAGAUAUCGAAGCAAUAUGACUCUCCAGUAAUCACCUUUUGGAUUGGAAGGAGACCUACGGUUUGGAUUAAUGAUGCUUGGGCUGCUAAUGAGAUUCUGGUCAAACGAGCGGGCAUCUAUUGCUCGCGUCCAAAGAUGCUCAUAUUUGCCGAACUAGGUGCAGGCCAGUGGAACAUGUUGAAUAUGUACACAGUCACUAAACAGCAGCGGGAGCGAUUUCGAGAUCACCGUAAGCUGACACACCUUGGUGUUGGUGUGCAACAGGUACAACGCUACCGGAAUCUGCAAGACGACGAGAGUAAAGUUGCAACUUGCGAUCUUUUGACUUCACCGGAGAACUACGUUGCUCACUUUGAGCGAUACGCCACAAGUGUCGUGUCGAUCAUAGGUUUUGGUAGACGUGUGGCAGAUGUCGCUGAUCCGCUCAUCACUGAAGUUAUCGAUAUCAUGCACAGAGCUGCGGAAAUGGCUGUUCCUGCGAAGGAUUUCCCUCGCCUCAUGGAAACAGCGCCUUGGCUUGCAAGAUUCCCCAAUUGGAUGGCUCCGUGGAAGCACGGGUUGGGCCAAGCUGCGACACCAAAGCACACUGAUGUCGACUUCUUCUACGCUCUUGCCAAAGAAGGAAAUGAACGUGAGCAAGACAACUAUUCAAAGUUGCUGUUUCGUGAAGCGCCAAGUUAUAACCUACAUCCCCUUGAGCUUUCGGGUUUGGCCGCAAAUCUUCUGGGAGCCGGCGCGGACACGUCUGCAAGUACACUGAUAACUGCAGUUCUUGCCAUGCGAGCUUUCCCAGAAACUAUGCUCUCAGCUUGGGAAGAACUGGACCGUGUGGUGGGUACAUCGCGUAGUCCUGGGCUCGAUGAUGAUCUCCCGUACAUGCGUGCCUUUGUCAAAGAGGUACUGCGUUGGCGCUCAGUUGCCAUCAUAGGCGGUAUGCCUCACGCACCGACACAAGAUGACUACUGGAACGGCUUCUUGAUUCCCCAAGGUUGUUGGGUUCAGGGCAACGUUUGGGCCAUUCACCACAACGAUAGAGAUUUUCCUGAGCCGGAUCGUUUCAAUCCUCAGCGCUAUCUAGAUAGCCCUGAUUCGCGGCCUUUUCCGGGUGAGAAAGGUUACAUGACAUUUGGCUGGGGUAGAAGGUCAUGUGCUGGGCAGUUCCUUGCAGAGCAGGGCACGUAUCUGAGCAUCUGCCGGUUGGUAUGGGCUUUCAGGAUUGAGCCUGCUAUGGACAAAGCGACUGGUCAAGAAAUUCCGGUUGAUAUCUUCGACUACUCCAACGGGUCCAACUGGCGACCAAAUCCGUUCAAAGUGGCGUUUGUGCCGCGGGAUGCUCGUAUCAAGGAUACAGUGGUUCGAGAAGGAGAGCAGGCCUUGAAAGACCUAGGGAAAUAUAACGGAGAGACCGAGUUCAGGUUCAGUACAUACUACGCAUAG